AAGACUGACUGGCCUCCCGUGAGCACAUAAGUGCCCUUUGAACGGACUCUGCUGCCGUGAGGCAAGAACCACAAAGCGGCCAAGGCGAGGAACGUGAAACUAAUAGUUGCUGUCCAUCAUGCAGCAAGGCGCGCUCGCUCAGCCCACAGCAUUCGCACAUCCGCAACAAGCAGGACGUUACGCCGGACUAGGGUUGGUCAAAGGCCUUCUCGGUACACAGCAGAUUCCAGACCCUCCACCCGUUUCGUCGAAGGAUGAAAGCGACUUCAAGUUACUCACCAAUGAACAGAAGCAAGCGUACUCCUGGCAAUACCACGGCUAUCCGGCGUUGUCAAAGCAAAUGGCAUCCGGCCAUGAUUUUUUCGUACUCCGUAGAUUCUCGCCCUUGCAAGUGCGCUGCUUACUCCAUUUGCAAAACGAGAUCGCAACCCUCGAUCGAAAACUCCAGGCUUGGGAUGAGUACAUGAUGAAGAAGCCGUUGGGGUUGGAGAAGGCAGAUUCCGGCAGCCUGUCAGAGGAUCCGUGUCAGGUUCGAACUCUGAUUAUACAGAGAUCAGUCCCUCUUCUGCAGCAAUAUAAUGACCUAGUGGCUUCAUUCUCCAAUAUCCGGUCUCGGCCAACUGCAACGAAGCGUCAAUGUCGAAAUCUGAGACAUUGGUUUGGGACAUACCCUGACGCCAUCCAACCCGACGAGCAGCAUCACCUCGACCAGGAUGGUAACAUGUUGCAAGGUGAUCUUUUCCCAAUCGUCGCAAGACCCAAGGCUCCGCUUGCGAUGCUGAUUGACCGCACUCGCUGCUUGAGGUUUCUCUUCCGGACUGGGAAGCGUUCAGACCACGUGGACACGCCUCUAGCGAGAUAUUGGAGUGCUAAGGCGCUUGAGACAUUCACGACGGUCAUUAUCCUCAUCGUCGGCCUUGGCAUGCUGUUCGGACCGGUCUGGUGGCUCAAUAAUGUUAACGAACAUGACCGCCAACUCGCUAUCGUCACCGGCUUCUCCGUAUUGUUCGUCAUCUGGUCUUGGUUUGCGGCUGGCAAUAGGCCUUUCGAGAUAUUAGCAGCAUCUGCGGCCUAUACUGCUGUGCUGAUGAUCUAUCGACAGAUCGCGUCCGGACCAUGA